AUGAUAUCCCUAAACAACUUUUUCGUUGUGCUUGUGCUCCAACUAUGGACUGCAGUCUGCAAUGCCCAGUUCAGCGUUUGGCGCGCCGAUACCAGAACCCCUACCGAGAUGCGCGCCGCCGGUCUCUUCGCCCCUAGAGGAGCCAGCCAGAUCCUCCAAAUCGUCCCCAACGUCAGUAUGUACAACCACGCAGUCGGCGCCGACAAUGGCGCCAGCCGCGAUAAUGACGGCUACGUCUCCACCACCGCCAGCGAGGACACCGCCGUCGGCUUCCUCACCAACAUGUUCAACGGCAACGGCUACGUCUACGAGAUCGCGGCCGCAGCCAACUUCAUCCAGGUCUCCGGCACUCUGGGCGAGUUCAGCCCGUACCCCAACGAGCAGGAGUACGCGGCGCUCGGAGGCUUCAGCUGGGACCAGGUCAUCCGCUGGAGACACUACACCAACGGCGUUGCGGACGGCGGACUGCAGGAUAACAACGACCUUGCUGGCUUCCCGGCCGGUCACCGUGCCUGGACCUUGUCUCCUUGGAACGCGUUUGCUCAGGGUGGUGCAGGAUGCGGCGGUGGUAACGCUGCCCGCACUCUAUUCGUUCGCCAGGGCACUUGCAACCCCAAGGAGAGUGCCGAGACUGUUGCCAAGAGGUUCAUUGAUGAGAACUGCUGGGCCAAGGACCUUUGCGGUUAA